ACUCGUGCGCGACGGUCGGUCGAGCGGCAUACGGCAUACAGCAUACCAUAUACCAUAUAGGGCAAUCUGGCAGAUCGGGUUCGUGCAGCGAUCAGCCAUUAGGCAGUGCCGUACCUCCUUCCUACGACUCGAACAAUCGAUCGGUGUUCCUGGCUCCGUUUGUCGUUUGUCGGCUCGGCUCUUUAAUUGCGUCACUAAUGAGCUGCAUUUAUGUUAAUCUCCGCACACGGGACGUCUAAGCAUUUCAAGCGACACUCAACGAUCCAAAGAUCCAGCUAUCCCCGGACUCUCCAGCAUUCGGCAAUUCUUCUCUUCUUUUCUUUUCUUUUCUUUUUUUUUUUUGGUAAUUUUCACCUGCUGAGCCGUUUAUGGUUAUUGCCGCAAUUCCGUUGUGACAGUCGGAGGCGCUUUAUCAUAAAUUAAAAAAUCGUGUAGUCGGACAGAGCACGGACCCCCGCACCGUCCCGCGGCCCAACUGAUGGAUGAUGGUGCCGCCGCUGAUGCCAGUUUCGGCUGUGAGUUAUGGCCGGGCCAAGGCGGAGAUUUGCAUGAAUGAAACGCACGCGCUGAUAAACGAGCUGCUGCUGGCCACAACAGCACCAUCAGUGCCCAGCCUUAGCCUCAGUCCCAGCUUCAGUCCCAGUCCCAGCAUCAUCUCGAAAACUGUUUUGUGAUCCGAUCUUGGUGCUCUCGCGAUGACUUAAUUGAAACGCCGCUGGCAGAAGCAGAAGGUGUUAAUUAGCAUAUGAACAACUGGACAAAAAAAAAAGUUUGCCGUCUUGUGUAUUUUUUGUAUUUCGGUUUUUGGCUUUCGGUUUUCGUUUUUUCGAUUCGGUAUUGGUCACUGGCCGGCCGGUCCUCUUCCUACAAGUGUUCAUUGGUGUAUUGGUGUGUAUUAUUGACUGCUGCCGUCUGCGUUUUCGGAUCAUUAAUAACAACCAGACAUUGAGGCAUUAGUUUACAGCCAAUAGAAUUUCCGUAUCGGUUCGGUUCGGUUCUGUUCGUUUUGGUUUCCUAUGGCAGUGGUUAACGAGUAAAGCGGAGCCAUAGGAACUGCUGCGCUCGAAUAACAGCAGCAUCAGCAAAAGGAACGGACUCCAGGCCCCAUCUGGGGAAUCGGAAUCGAGACUCUCAGUGCGAAUGGGAUAUGAUGAUAGUGGCAAUUGUUGCGCCUGUAUUUGUGUUGUGUGCCGCCUCGGAUCGAUCUGCAUCGUCAUGUGGAAAACGCAUAACAAGCUCUUAAUCUACAUACUCUGGAUUAUGGAAAUAAGAUUAGUGUCCAGCUUUACAUCCGCCAUGCUCUGUGGCCGCAUUCCGGGCCUGACCUUGCCGCAGCGCCAGCUGUGCGGAGAGAUGCCGGACGCCCUGAUCGCCCUGGGCGAGGGCCACCAGCUGGGGGCCCAGGAGUGCCAGCAGCAGUUUCGGGGCCACCGCUGGAACUGCUCGGAGGUGUGGCAGCGUAAUGUCUUCGCCCAUGUCAUACCCAUUGCAUCGCGAGAGGCUGCCUAUACGUAUGCCAUAGCUAGUGCUGGAGCCGCCUAUGCAGUCACCGCUGCCUGUGCCCGCGGGAACAUCUCCACCUGCGGCUGCGAUGUGCGGCACAAAGCUGUCCCCUCCGCGGAUGGCGUUCCAGCAGAGCCCUGGAAAUGGGGCGGCUGUUCCGCGGAUGUGGACUUUGGCAUGAGAUAUGCGCGCAAGUUCAUCGAUGCCCGUGAGCUGGAGCGCGAUGCCCGCACGCUGAUGAAUCUCCACAACAACAGAGCCGGGCGAACGCUGGUGAAGAAACUUCUUCGCACGGACUGCAAGUGCCAUGGCGUGAGCGGCUCCUGCGUGAUGAAGACCUGCUGGAAGAGCCUGCCACCGUUCCGCCUGAUCGGCGACAAGCUCAUGCAGAAAUAUCAUAAAGCCAAAACUGUUCAAGCCGUUCGAGGCAAACGUGGACUGAGACUAGUAAUAAGCAGAAAGAAGCAUGGCAGUGCCGGAGCCCGCCCCCCGAAGCCUGCUUUGGUGUGGCCAAAACGCAUGGAGCUGAUCUACCUGGAGGCGUCGCCAAACUACUGUGAGCGCAGCCUUCAGACGGGCACCCUUGGCACGGCGGGUCGUCUCUGUCAGCGGAAUGGACACGGAGCACAGAGCUGUGACCUGUUGUGCUGUGGGCGUGGCCAUAACACGCAGCACAUCCGACGCAGCAAGCAGUGCCGCUGCCAGUUCCGAUGGUGCUGCCAGGUGGAGUGCGAGCUGUGCGACGAGAGCUACGAGGAGUUCACCUGUAAAUAGUGGCAGACCCGCACGGACCCACAAGGACACACACUCAAUGUUGAUGGGACUAGGAUUAGGUCAUAACAAAUGCGUUAAUUAAGUAUUAUCAGAAAUGUAUUACACUCACACCCACACCCACACAGGAAAAACACACGCAGACACAUUCCAGAUUACAAUAAAACCAUUUAACAUCAACAUAGA